AUGAUCAAAGGUUACAGUACUACCGGAGAGAGUAAUCUACAUCACGGGAUCACGCUAUCUUCAAGUAAAUUCACUACAUGGAGUGUUGUCAUUCCAUAUGUUACUCCCAAGACAACCUACUCAUACUUCACAAUUGGCUGCGAUGCUUCCCAAUCUCAAGCAAGCACUCCAUCCUUUCAUCUCAGGAACCGCGGUCUUCAAGAUGCCGAGACUGCAUCGCAAGGCCCGGACCGGGAUCAGGUAAACAACCCUUCACUGGCAAGCACACACGGCCUCAGUGACCUGCGUUCAGACCUGCACGCAGCCACGCGUGUGCUAGGCAUCGACGACAUAGAUGACCUGUUUCCCACGACAGCGGAAACCCUUCGCAUCAGCCGAGCUCUUCGGCAGGAAACAGAGCGAGGCCAUCUCUCUGCCGACAACACACUUCAGGAAUCUGACUUGACUGUCAACGAAACCAGCCAUUAUCCCCAGAGAUUCCCUGACCACCGUGCUGGACGAUUUGACAACAUGGAUCUAGCAAAGGAAGGCAGUCCUCUGAAGGGAGACAACGAUCAGGCGUCCGUUUCUGACUGGUCUUUGCUGUCAACCGCGGAUUCAGUAACCGUUGAACCUGAAAUUGUCGACAAGCCCAACACCAAGAAAAAGAAAAAGAAGAAGAAUAGCGGCAACAGGAAGAAUAAGGAGGUCAUGAAUGACCAGAAUGAGAGCAACUCGUCUCUAAGCUCGUCGAGCUUGGUCAGUGCCCUUGGCAGCCAGAGCACUGACAGCUUGGCCAACAGCAUCGGAAGCGAUAGUACUGCGAGUUUCGGUGAUACAUCCGGAGACAUUGGAGAUGGCCCAGUUCCCGUGUACAUGCGUUUGGACUUCUGGGAUCGCGAGACUAUCAUUGAGGAGACUGAAGAACAGCUCGUUUCAAGCAUCGAGAAAGAGGUCGUCCUGAGCAUCAAAGAUGACGCAUCUCGCUUGAGUGGUUCCAUGUCGUCUCUCAGCCUUAGCUCAGCGAACACUCUCCCCCGCGAACAGCUCGAAGUUUCACGUCUGAGCAUCGCCUCUGCCUCUUCCGACCGGGCUUCGUUGAGCAUCUUGUCGAGCGAGCAGCAUUCUUUCGAGACUCUGUCCGCCGAGCAUCCUGACCAGAGUCUUGCUGAUGACGGUACCGCUUCGCUCGUAUCCUCUCUCGCAUCCACAGACACAGCGAGCAACGACGAAGAGAAAGGUGACGUUGAAACCAAAGGUGACGAUGAAACCGAAGGUGAUGCUGAAAAGCCCGCGGCUCCUGCUGUGGCUCGCAAGCCUUAUAAGGAUCCGACUCUCUGGUUGCGUGGCUUCACUGGUACUAUGCCUAAGCCUUGUCCGCCUGGAGGCCCAUGUCGACCCGAGGACGGCCGUUCCUGGGAUACCAAGAUCCUUUGGUGCACCGAGUGCUACGGACCAUGUCCCAUCUGCCAGAAGCCAUGCUGCGUUCUGAUGGGUUGCCGUAUGUACAUGUCUCAGCCUCCUGCAGAACGAAACUGGCUGAAGUCACGCCGCUGCUUCAUGGUUGUGACUCUCCUGCAGCGUUACGGCAACCUAACAAAGGACACCUCGACCUAUGCUAUGUGCUCCGAGCCCGGUGGUUGCGGACGUCACGUCUGUUCUGACUGCUGCGGCAUCUGUCCCACUGCGAUGUGUCGUGAUAUUCAGUGCAAGGAAUGCAAGCCCAACCCUUGGGGCCCAUGCGAUUGGCACGAGGCGUAGUAAAUGGUCUCUGGCGGAAGGGAGUACCUUUGGCACCGUUUGUAUCAAAUGGAGCUAACAGUGUGAUCUCAUUUGUCAUUGGCAUAUUGCUUGUUGUGUAUCUGUCAAGACACAUGGACGUUCUGGUCACGCAUGGAUAGGAGGGAAACAGACGGGAAUGGAUGGACAAGUGGUCAAGCAUCAUUUGGACGAUUCGGUCCUGUUAGAUGAACUCGCUGUACGUGACUGGAGAGAACAUGUUUCAAUUUGAUUUAAGAAUACAAUCCAAGGUACCACGAUGACACUGUUCUCAAGUGGUCAUUGAUGUCCAUAUUUCAUCCUCGCAUACUGACAAGGAUAAAAGGAUAUGAACUCACUAUACUGAGCACCUGUAUCUGAGUAUGUGUGGCAUCAAAGGAGGACCAUUUAACAUGAGUUGGAUGAACGAUCAGGCUACGAAGUAGAUCGGCCCACACCCCCAAAUGCUAACUCCAAUACAGAAGAAGUGAUAACAUA